CAGGAAGUCAAGAUACUCCCCCUUCAUCACAAGCACUCCCACAUGGUCUCCUCGGAGCCCGACACCUCCCCACUUGGGAGCCGCCUCCUUCCGUGGGCUAAUCUUGGUGCCUACGUUCUCAAUAUUGUGGCGACGUCUGUGAUUGGAACCAGCGGCAAAGUGGGCAAGACCAAUUCAGAGGUCUCGGCUGCCUACCCGACCCUCUUCACGCCCGCCGGCUAUGCCUUCUCAAUCUGGGGACUCAUCUUCGCCAUGGAAGGCGCCUUCGCCCUCUAUCAGCUCCUGCCCUCUGUCCGCAGCACCCCCGCAAUCCAGAAGGGCGUUGGGCCGUGGUGGAUCCUGAUGGUGCUCGUGCAGCUAGGCUGGUCCCUCUCCUUCGCCACUGAGUCCAUCCCCCUCUCCAUGUUCUUCAUGGUCGGCAUCUUCCUCUCCCUCCUUGCCCUCACCCUCUCCCUUCGCCAGGCCCUCCCCCGGCGUCCCUCUCUCGCCCAGUCCAUCUGCCUGCUCCUCCCCUUUUCCCUCAAUUUCGGCUGGAUCACCGCUGCGCUCCUCGCCAACGCCAACAUUGUGGCCGUCUAUCGGGACUCAGAGGACCUUGCCUCCCACCUGGCCACCGCCGUCUCCUCCUGCGUGGUACUGGGCCUCGCCGCCCUGCUCGGGGGCUUCCGCCUCGUCGAUCCGAUCUUCUGCUUGGUCCUUGUCUGGGCGGGCACGGCCAUCGCCAAGGAGCUCUCGGCGCCCGUGGCCUCCAUCUCCGCCUCUUUCCCGCCUCCAGUCACUCAGGGCUUGAGCCAGGCUGUGUUUGUGCUGGUCGGUUUCGCCGCCCUGGCCGCCUUGCACGCUGCGGGCAGGAGGGUGCUGCUCAGGCGUGGGGGAGGGGAGGAUACGCAGGGGGAGGAGAAGGAGGGCGAGAGCAGGCAGGGGGACACGGGGUCGCCGGCGGGCGUGCGAGCAGCGGCCCAGGCGCUGCUGAAACCCUGAGGCGGGAGGGGUUGAGGAAGAGGGGUGUGUGGCGGUGACGGAGAGGGAAGAAUUGUAGCUAGCGUGCGCGAAUAGAUAGGAAGGAGGUGGUUCAUGGGGAAGGUGGGUCGUGGUAAUGUGCAAGUGGAUGGCGAGGAAACGAAGUGUUAUGGAGAGUAGGUGGGGGGUGACUCGGGACGGUGUAUGGGGUGGUCGAAGAGAGGCAGUUGUAGUUGCAAAUGAAAAAGAAAUAAAAGCAAUACCAUUGCGCCAA